AUGCGCAAGUUCUUCCUCGAAGAAGUGGCGAAACCAUCCAUUGCGCUCGAUGCCAAAGUCUACAAGCCCUACGGCGCCUUUGAGUGGAAGCUCCCCGCGGAUAAGCCCGCUCGAUGGACCAAGCCCCUCGGCAGGAACCUCUGCAUCUUCGACCUCGACAACCGUCCCUUUGAGGAGGACGGCAUGAUCUUUGGCCAACAACCUCUGAGCUGGAACAAUGCCACGGCGAUUCAUGGUCUCUCGCUCGGUGUGCUCCAGCACUGGCUCUAUGCCAAGAUCCACGGCUACAGCUACUACUACGUCCGCACGGGCGAUUUUGAGGACCGUCGCGCCUCGUGGAAGAAGCCCACGGUGCUCAAGAAGCUUCUCUUGAAGCACGAGGCUUGCAUCUUUGUCGACUCCGACGCCAUCUUCAACCACCUGGACCUGCCUUUUGAAUGGCUCCUCAACUACUGGGACAUUGACCCCAAGAACAACUCGCUCGCUCUGGCCAUCGACCCCAAGGCCGAGCACAACAAGGACAAGAAGGGCAAGCUGUACGACAACACAGGCUUCAUCAUUGCCCAGAACCGCCCGAUCACCUUCCAGAUGAUGGACGACUGGGCGGAAUGCGCCGACGACGGCGGCAAGCACCCCGAGUGCACCGAGUACCGCCACGUCGGCUGGGGACGCCCAUCGGACCAGGGAGGGUUCGGCAACUUUAUUCGAUACGACUACGCCGACGAGGUCGAGGAGCUGCCUUGCGCCGAGGCCAACGGCUUCCCCGAGGAUCGCUCCGAGUGCAUCGGCACCUUUAUCAAGCACCUGUGGGCCGGCAAGCAGGACCUCAUCAAGAUUGCCAUUGGGCAGCAGAUUCCGGGCAUGUACCUGGAAAUGUUCCACAAGCAGAUGCUCGCCGAGAAGAGCGAGUACUACCUGACCGAGGAGCAACUGAUGAGCCCGAGCUGGGCCAACGCCAAGACGUACCUCGGCGCGUCUCCCCUCGCCGUCGAUCCGUUUUACAUGGCAUUUGUACGAAUAUGGGGAUUUUCGCAAGGCACAGGGCUGGGGCGGACAGCGAUCGAGGAGAUAUGCGAGCAUCCCGAUCCUCCGCGGCAUCAUUUGUUCGUAGACGCGCCCAACAUGACGGGUGCCGCCGGGGGGGUUAUUUCAAGGCCCCCAUAA